ACACUAAAAUGGCCGACCGUCAUCAUCUGUCAAACACAUGAUGUUAGAUUAAGUUGUAUACAAAACAUUUUUGCGGCGGCAAGCAAACCUCUUGCUUUCAUUGGAAAAUUCUUUUUUGUCGCAAUAGAAUCGAAAGUUUUUGCAGUUUUUUUAAAACUAGUUUAGUUCCGAAUAAUUAUAUUUUGUGUAAAGUGGUUAAUAACAUUGAUUUGCUUGUUUAAUAAGUCGAAUUGAGAUGGAUUCGAACGAAGUGGGAGAGAAGCCAAUAUGUGAACUAGAUGAAAAAAAUUUAUCGAGUAACAUAGAUACAGAAGCGUUGAAUCCAGAUGUUAAAACUGAUGCAAAUAUGUCGAAUGACGAGAGUGAUGCCAUCGGUAGUUCUACCGUCGAAGACAGCAACGUAGAGCCCAUUGCAACAGAUGCAAUGCCGGCAGUUGAAAGCGUAGAACAAAAAAAAUCAGAAGAUAAAUCGAAAAAUGAUCAACAAGAACAUAACAAUGACAACGAAGGAGAUGAUAUGGACAGCGACAUUGAAAAGUUUCAUACACCUGACGCAACUGACACUGAAUCAGUGCAAGAUAAAUGCGACCAAGACCCCAUGGAUAUUGACGAAAUCCUCGAGAGUUUGGACGUGGAUCCAGAGGUAGUCGCAAGCGGCGAAGAGUAUUGUGAAGCAAAAUCACACGCGGCAACUGAGGAGGAACAGCCCCAAAUUGACGAGCCAGUCGUCGACAGAAUGGAAAAUGAAGUAAGGGAGCAAGCUCAGGUGCAGUGCGAUGAAGCCAUUGAUAUUCCAAAUAAGGAAGAGUCAUCAGUGGCGGAAAUUGAACAAAUUCAUUCGCCUGCAAAGAAUGAUAUUGAUUUGCCCAAAAAUCCGAUUGAAACGAUAGAGAAUGAGCUGAAACCGGCUGAAGGUGUGGUGGAAUUGGACAAAGAAGCACCCACAUCGGAUGUCUCAGUUGAAUCAGUGAAAGAGGACAUUCAAAUGCAUCAAGAUGCAAUUGAAUCAUCGCCAGUGACUGAAUCGAACGAAGAAGGCGAUGAUGUCGUUGCAACAGUCAAAACUCCAGAUCAGAAUCAGGAGCAAGCUGAACAAAGUGAUGACAAUAAAUUGGAAGACGGAUCUGUGAAUGAAUCGGUAAAUAUUUUCGAUUUGAUGAUGGAGAAUGAAAAUUUAUUUGCCGGAGCUGAUUUGAGCUUAGACGAGUCGAUGAAAUCAAUUGAACCCAGUGAAAUAAUCGAACCCGACGUACCGAUGUGUGAUGCGGAAACGGGAAACAAUUUGGAUACUACCAAAACUGAAGAAAUUCCUACAUUGCCCGAAAGCAGCAUAGAAAGUCUACAGGGAAACCUAGACAUCACAAGUAAGGAGGGGCAAGUGACAGAAGAACAACUGAAAGAAGAACAAGAAGCAAAAGUUGAAACCAAUAAAGAGCUCAAGUUCGAACAUGCCACAAAAGAAAAAGAAGAAGUCCAAACCAAUGAAGUCGAACCGCCAUUGAAAGCUGAAGAGCAAUUUAAAAUCGAAGACAAGAGUCUAUUGCGACGCGAAUGCUUGAAUGGAGAGUGCACAAAGAGCAAUGGCUUAUUUCACGAAGCACCUGAAUUUGUUAUCAAUCAUUUCCAUUUGAAUAAACGAUCGAAAACGAUGUUUGUGUGUGAAGAAUGCUACAAUCUCGCCACGGAAUCGUACGGUGAGUUGUGUGCUGCAUUGGAAGAUAAACAACCGCUGUUCUUGAAAAAUAUCAAGUACUCGGAUCUAGUCGAAAUCAUAGAUAGCAGUGACGAAGAAGAAGAUAACGAUUCCAAGGGAGAAAGACGUGAAUCAUUCGAUGCGGACACUUUGGCAUUGAUUGAAAAUGAAUUGGAGGCAGUGAUAAAAGAAACAUUGGAUAGAGUUGAUAUUGGACAGCAAAUGAGUUGGAAUCGUCAAAUUUUAACGACGAAAAUUGCGAACAAUGAAAAGAACUGCGCCGAAAUGAUGGACGAAAUGAAAAUAUUGCAAAAACGAAUCGAUAAACUGUACACCAAUACGUAUAAUUUCAAGCAUUCGUUCUUUGAAGACGUACAAUCGCUCGAUCUCGUCACUUUGAAACCAACUCAAAUAUGCAACGAAAGCUAUCCACCAGUUGGUGAACUGAAGCACUCAGAUAUUGAGUAUAACACGAUGUAUUACACAUUUCGUCAUAAGCUCGUAUCACGCUGGCUGCCAUGCAAAGUGGUGAACAGAAUUGAGACAAAUGGCCAGAUGGAAUACAAGAUUCGGUUUUGCCGGGAGAGAAAGGAAGCGGCCAACGUUAGAACGGUGCCACGAAAGUAUUUGGCAUAUGGUCGAGCUUCUAAUUAUCGUCUGAACAUUGGCACUCGUGUGAUUGCUUUGUUUGACAAUGCCGACAACACUCAGAAAAUCAAAACUUCGCAGUUGCAGAAUAAUUUCUAUCCGGGCAUAAUUGCCGAACCGUUGACCGUAUACACGAAUUGGCGAUAUUUGGUAUUUUUCGAUGAUGGAUGGGUACAGUAUGUUCACCAUGAGGAUAUCCGUGUCAUUUGCGAAUGUACCGAAAAUGUUUGGGAACUGAUCGAGGAACCAGGCGCAAAAACAUUCAUUGAGGGCUAUUUGAAAAAAUUCAAACAGAAGCGACCCAUUGUUCAGGUUCGUCGAGGUCAACGCAUCCAAACGGAAGUGAAUGGAAAAUGGUUCAAUGCAAUUGUGAACGAAGUGGACGCCAGCUUGGUGCAGGUAUUUUUCGAAGAGACCAAACGAUAUGAGUGGAUCUAUCGGGGCUCAACGCGCCUAUUCCCGCUAUACAAAAAGCUCAAUCACGUGAAAGCGUUCGCAAAUCGAAACGAAGCUACAAUUGAAUACAUCGUAAUUGACGAUGAAAAAGAACCGGAACGAACAACUGAGCCGCCGGUUGAAGAGGUGGCACCAGAACCCAAUACACCACCAUCAAAAACGGCCCCAAUUCUGCGAACGUUUGCAUCUCAGGCAGCUCGAGAUACACCGCAACAAAAGCAACGCGAACAAAAACGGGCGGUGGCUAAGAAGAGUACGACGCCACAGCCCAAACCAGCCAUUCAACACAUGAACAAUUCAACGAUCUAUGUGGACGAAGACAAACCGAAGGGUAAAGUAGUGUACUACACCGCCAAGAAGCAUAUCGAUGUGAAAAAAUAUUUGAAUCAUGAAUGUCAGCCCAGUUGCUUGAUCCAGUUGAAUCAUAACUUGGCGUCCUAUUCGCCAUUAUCUAAGCCAUUGUUGACAGGAUUCGAACGACAGAUUUCCAAGACUAGAUUCAAUAAGAAAUAUGUCGUUUAUCGAGCGCCGUGUGGACGUCGAUUGCGAGAUAUGUCCGAAAUGCAUAAAUAUCUACGAAUCACCAACUGCAAACUCAAUGUGGAUAACUUCACCUUUGAUCCGUUAAUCCAUUGUCUGGCUGAGUAUGUCAUCGAAUCGUUUGUGAUGAAAAAUCCCGAUUUAUCAGGUGGAAUUGAAAAAAUGCCAAUCCAACUGGUCAACUGUUAUGACAACAGUAUGCCACCGCCAUGCACAUACUCGGCAAAACGAAUCCCAACGGAAGGUGUAAAUUUGAAUUGUGAUUCCGAGUUUUUGUGCGGCUGUGAUUGUACGGAUGAUUGCUUGGAUAAAUCGAAAUGUGCAUGUUGGAAGUUGACAUUGCAAGGUUCAAAGUAUGGAAAUCCAGAUACGCCAAUCGAAGACAUUGGCUACCAGUACAAACGUCUCAAUGAACCCGUGCCAACGGGCAUUUACGAAUGCAACAGUCGAUGCAAAUGCAAGACCAGUUGUCUAAAUCGGGUCGUUCAGCAUCCGAUACAGUUGAAAUUGCAAGUAUUUAAAACGGUAAAUCGUGGCUGGGGCAUCAGAUGUUUGAACGAUGUUGCCAAGGGUAGCUUCAUUUGCUGCUAUGCAGGCAACUUGCUGACUGAAAGCAAUGCUAAUGAAGCCGGUGGAGAUUUAGGCGACGAAUAUUUCGCGGAAUUGGACUACAUUGAAGUAAUGGAAAACAUGAAAGAGGGUUAUGAACCGGAGGUUGUUCCAGAGGAGAAUGAAACAUCGGACGAAGACGAAGACUUUGACGUUGAAAUGGAAUCGAGGCGUACGCGUAACGAUGACAGUGAUGAUGAGUUCGUCUCAAGAAGCUAUACCGCAAGCAGUGAAGAUUCGGAGAGUCGACGAUAUCGAACACGAAAUUCCGUUGACACACGCAAAAAGUCAGAGGCAGCAACAGCCAAAGAUGCGACAAAACGCAAAGAUCGGAAUAGUUCUUCGGACGAUGACGGCGAUGAGGUGAGACAAGCGAAAAAUUUCAUGGCCAGCAACACGAUGCCAUUGAAUGAUGAUCCAGACGAUGAACGAUCCAAAUCGAUUCGGAAAUUAUUCGGACCGGAAGAAUCUGUUUACAUUAUGGAUGCAAAGAAAGCCGGAAAUAUUGGAAGAUAUUUCAACCAUUCAUGCGGACCGAAUCUCUUUGUGCAAAAUGUCUUUGUUGACACACACGAUUUGCGAUUCCCGUGGGUGGCAUUCUUUGCAUCCACGCACAUUCGAGCCGGCACCGAACUCACCUGGAAUUACAACUACGAAGUGGGCAGUGUCCCAGGCAAAGUGCUCAUUUGCCAGUGCGGCGAUGAGAAAUGCCGUGGCCGUAUUUUGUAAACUCAUCUCAAUAUCAAGCCAAAUUCAGAACAACUCAUUCCCAACUAUAUAUAAUUUAUCAGAAUAAAUACACAAAAUUCAUAUCCUACAAA